AUGGAGACUCGAGAGGCAUCUGCGGCCACCGGUUUACAUCCUGUAGAGCUGUGUGUCUAUUCUGUACUUUCCAAUGAUCUGGAUGGCAUUUAUAAAUCUGUAAACGAUCUGAGAGAGUCUCAAGCCCUACUUUUAGUCAAGCUAAGACAAUUGAGAAACUCUUUGAAGGAGGAACAAGUUUUCUACAGUGAGGAAGAUGGACUGAUGGACGAAAUUGUUCGAUUAAAGAAUUUGAAAAUACGGGCAGAUGCACUGGUAAAAACUUACAAAUCGCUAUCCGGUGCUUAG